AGACAAAACGGCCAUCGCACGAUUUGGGGGAUUAGCCGGUGGUGACUUAUUUGUUUUCUCUUAUGGUUCUGACUGUAUUCCUCCCCCCUCGGAGUCGCACGAAGGGGGCGUGAUCUCCUGUCUGUUGCACGGUGGUUGGAGCAGUGAGAGAGAAAGCUGCAUGCGGUUGGUGAUGGAUAGUGUGAGACUCCGAGGCUGUGGUGGAAUGAGCAGUGUGUGUGUGUUGAAGAGGAAAGCAGUGCUCUGGCAGGAUUCGUUCAGCCCCCACCUCAGAACUACAUCUCCCAGCAUGCCUGUGGUGCUGAGUAGUGGAGGACAUGGCCCUCCAACUGGGCAGACCCCUCAGGCCCCACCCUCAAGCCAGCAGGGUGUGGCGGGUGCAGGGCGCUCCCAGGAUGAUGCCAUGGUGGACUACUUCUUCCAGCGGCAGCACGGUGAACAGCCUGGCAAACACCGCUGGCCGGCUGGAGACAACAUCCAUGACAGCCAGGUGCGGUCCAUGGAUGAGCUGAACCAUGAUUUUCAGGCUCUGGCUCUAGAGGGGCGUGCCAUGGGCGAGCAACUGCUUACAGGCAAGAAGUUCUGGGAGACAGAUGACUCUGGUAAGGAUGGACCAAAAGGGAUCUUCCUGGACCAGUGGAGGGACAGUGCAUGGGGGGCUUCAGAUCACUCAGUGUCGCAGCCCAUCAUGGUGUCCCGUCGGCCGGGCCAGGGUUUUCAUGGUGGCGGAGAGGUCGGAGUGGGCUCUGUGAUGUCACCACGGUCUGAGAGCGGAGGCCUCGGGGUCAGCAUGGUGGAGUACGUCCUCUCCUCCUCGCCUGCUGACAAACUGGACUCCUGCCUUCGCAAAGGCCCCUAUGGGCAGAGGGACAGUGAGGUGGAGGAGGAGAAAAGAGAGAAGCCAAAGGCAGUGUUUGAAGGCGAGAAAUUAAAAGAGUUGACAGAGGGCGAAGCUGACGUCAUCAGCGACGUCAUCAACCCAAAUGGGCUGCCUGUGCAGAAUGGCUUGGAUGUGGAUGUCAAAGAAUUUGGUCGUCCCCCAGGUAACAUGCCAGCCCCGGGCCCUGAGAGUGACCUGCUUGGGGGUCCUGGAGGAGUAGGGGCUGAUGGCCUGGCACCUCUGGGGGGUGGUGGAGGCCCCAAGCCUCCUGAGGAUUUCCCAGGAGUGGAUCAAGGCGGUGUCACCAUGGACCCAAUGGAAUCUGUGAUGGAGCCACUGCAGUUUGACUACAACUCCCAGAUGCCCAUGGACUCUGCCCCCACUGUGGGCCUGUUUGACUACACCAACCAGCAGCAGCUGUUUCAGAGAAACAAUGCCCUAGCAGUACAGCAGCUGACAGCUGCCCAACAGCAGCAAUAUGCCCUGGCAGCAGCACAGCAGCCUCACAUCGGUCUGGCCCCAGCUUUUGUGCCCAACCCUUACAUCAUCAGUGCCGCCCCACCAGGGACAGACCCCUACGCAGCCGGGCUGGCAGCUGCAGCAACACUCGGCCCAGCAGUAAUGCCUCCCCAGUACUAUGGUGUGACCCCCUGGGGGGUGUACCCUGCCAACCUGUUCCAGCAGCAGGCUGCUGCAGCCAACAGCUCAGCCAAUCAGCAGGCAGCAGGCCAGGGCCAGCAGAACCAACAGCAGGUGAUGCGUGCUGGAGGCAGCCAGCGACCCUUGACACCCAGCCAGGGUCAGCAGGGUCAGCAGAAUGACCAGCUGGUUGCUGCAGCAGCAGUCAACUCAGCCCUUGCCUUUGGACAAGGGUUGGCAGCCGGCGUCCCUGGCUACCCUGUACUUGCCCCAGCAGCCUACUAUGACCAGACAGGGGCCCUGGUGGUCAACACUGGAGCUAGGAGUGGCCCUGUCCGCCUCAUGGCCCCUGCCUCCGUCAUCAUAUCUCCCUCUGCAGCACAAGCAGUGGCAGCGGCAGCAGCUUCGGCAAGUGGUGCCAACGGCGGCCUUGGUGGUGGAGCCAACGGUCCGUUUCGUGCCAUGACAUCCCAGCAGCCUCAGCAGCAGGGUGGCCCAGGUGGUGCGCUGGGUGGCAGUUCUUUCUAUGGCUCUUCCUCCCUCAGUUCUUCCUCCCAAAGUUCCUCCCUUUUCUCACAGGGGUCUGCCCAGCCCGGCCCAGGCUCGGCCUCUUUGGGCUUCAGCCAGCCUGCCUCCUCCUCCCUCGGAGCUACACUGGGAGCCACACUGGGUGGUUUUGGCACUGCAGUGGCUAACUCCAGUGGUGGCAGUGGGUCCAGACGGGACUCGCUGACAGGCAGUAGUGACUUGUACAAACGUACGCCCUCCAGCCUCACCCCAAUUGGCCAUGGAGGCUUCUACAAUGGAACCCUGGGCUUUAGCUCUUCCCCCGGCCCCGUUGGCAUGCCCCUCCCCAAUCAGGGCCCCUCCCACUCUCUAACACCCCCACCCUCCCUAUCCAAUCACAGCUCCUCGUCCAACCUCAACCUCGGAGGCCUGACCAAUGGCAGCGGGCGUUUCAUCUCUGCGGCGCCUGGUGCAGAAGCCAAGUACCGCAGUGCUGCCAGCUCGGGCUCCUCCCUCUUUUCUCCCAGCAGCCAACUGUUCCCGUCGUCACGGCUACGCUAUGGCAUGUCAGAUGUGAUGCCAUCGGGUCGCAGCCGCCUACUGGAGGACUUCAGGAACAACCGCUACCCCAACCUGCAGCUGAGGGACAUCGCUGGCCACAUCAUGGAGUUUAGCCAGGACCAGCACGGCAGCAGGUUUAUCCAGUUGAAGUUGGAGCGGGCCAGCUCCGCAGAGCGCCAGCUAGUCUUUAGUGAGAUCCUCCAGGCAGCGUACCAGCUCAUGGUGGAUGUCUUUGGAAACUAUGUCAUCCAGAAGUUCUUUGAAUUUGGCAGCCUUGACCAGAAGCUGGCUUUAGCAGAGAGGAUCCGAGGCCAUGUGCUGUCCCUGGCUCUCCAGAUGUACGGCUGCAGAGUCAUUCAAAAGGCCCUGGAGUUCAUCCCCUCGGACCAGCAGGUCAUUAGUGAGAUGGUGCGUGAGCUGGAUGGACACGUAUUGAAGUGUGUUAAGGAUCAGAAUGGGAACCAUGUGGUGCAGAAGUGUAUCGAGUGUGUCCAGCCGCACGCCUUGCACUUCAUCAUAGACGCCUUCAAGGGACAGGUGUUUGCCCUCUCCACCCACCCCUACGGCUGCCGAGUCAUCCAGCGCAUUCUAGAACAUUGCCUUCCGGAACAGACCCUGCCUAUUCUAGAGGAGCUCCACCAACACACUGAGCAGCUGGUGCAGGACCAGUACGGCAACUAUGUCAUCCAGCAUGUUCUGGAGCAUGGCCGAGCGGAAGAUAAGAGCAAGAUCGUGGCAGAGAUUAGAGGCAACGUACUGGGACUGAGCCAGCACAAGUUUGCCAGCAAUGUGGUGGAGAAGUGUGUAACCCAUGCAUCGCGGGCAGAGCGUGCGGUGCUGAUAGACGAGGUGUGCAGUCUGACGGAGGGCCCCCACAGUGCCUUAUACACUAUGAUGAAGGACCAGUACGCCAACUAUGUGGUGCAGAAGAUGAUCGACGUGGCUGAGCCCACACAGCGCAAGAUCGUCAUGCACAAGAUCCGGCCUCACAUUUCCACCCUGAGGAAGUACACCUACGGUAAACACAUCCUGGCCAAGUUGGAGAAGUACUACAUGAAGAACGGUGUCGACCUGGGGCCCCUCUGCGGCCCCCCCAAUGGCAUCAUGUAAACAUAAGACCACCAACCCCACCCUAACCUGACAUCAUGUCUACUAAUCCAUAUUAACCUAUCUACUGCCCUCUGUCUUACCCUCAUCAUGCUAUCAUGGCAACCAUCCCCCACCCUAAUGCCUCUGAGCACCAUGCACCUCUUUCCCCCUGAAUCUUUCCCCAUCAAGGGCACCCAGCACCUCUUGUUCCUAUUACCCCACCCCCACAUCUCUGGAGGAACCUGUUAGUACAGGCAGCCUUACAGUAUAUCCAUUUUUUUCCCACCCCCCCUUCCUGCCUGAGCCCAGGCCUGCUGAGCUGGGGGAGGGGGGGGAGAGAGAGAGAGAAAAGUGAGUUGAGGCUUAGACCGCUCUCACCACUCCAAUCUCUUUUUGCUUUUGUUUGUUUUGUUGUUGGGGUUUUUUUGUUUGUUUGUUUUGUUUUUUGGCUUUUUUUCCGUCGCAUCAGAUAAACUAGAAGUCAUUUCACUUUUUGCUACUGCUGCAUACAAACACAUACAUGCGUUCACAUACACACACACAAUCCCAGCACCCCAACCACCUUGCCACCCCAAUUUUUUACCACUAUAAGAUGGAACAAGUAUUUAAUUUGUCUGACAUAAUGGAAUCGUAGACAUACACAUGCCAUUGGCUAACCAGCAGACAGAUCAUUUAGCAUGGGAGAUUCGUUUUCUGGUCUUGCUAUAAAUAUAACGUGUAUACUUGGUGUAGACCUUUGCAUAUAUAUAUAUAAAUAUAUAUAUAUAAAACUUUGUAGUUUUUCUGGUUUUUGAUGUUGAAUCUGUAUCUAUAAUGUAUCCUAGUAGUGACCACAUACUUCUGACUGUAUAAUUGUACAUUUGUAAACCCUUGUAAUGUAAAAGUGCUUUACCACCCUUUUUGGUAUGAGAAUAAAAGAAUUACAAAAAAAAAAACUCACUAUGGAAAAAAAUCUUAGGAAAAAAACUGUGCAUUUCAGUGUAUAUUCUCACCUCCUUGGUUGUGACAUAUGAGUUGUUGUAUAUUGUAAAUUGUAAUAUCAAAUUUUUUUUGGUUUUGAAAAGCCCUUUCUAUACAGCGUAGUCCUUGUACAAAGACCCGCCACGCUUUAUUUUAUCUUUAUCUUGUCACUGCUUAAAUUAAGAGACGUCAAUCUCCCAGAGACUCCCAAUAGGACAAGUUCUGUUAGACUUAGUGGUGUCUUCUGCUUUACGUUGAAGGUUUUGGGGUUCUUUUUUUUUUUCUUAUGUCUUUUUUUAUAGGAAUGCGAUUCCCUUCAUGCAAAGGGCGUUAUGUGUGUGGGAGGGUGGUCAGGUGGGAGAAAUCUCCCACCUUUUGACCACCUCCCAAACUCACCCAUGGCUCUUUACGGAGGGAUAACAAACCCAUGGAUUGUACAGAGGAGACUCUUGUGUUUUUUGGCAUUUCUCUAGUGCUGUAAGUGCUGUAUCAUACUGUCCAUGUCCUUUUGGGUGAGAGGCAGCCCGCCAUGGUGCGGUGUACAUUUGGAAGCAGCCUUGUGUAUAUUUACUACGAGCACACCUGUAACCAUAUGUGUAUAGUUAACAGAACCUGUGUAUGCUUAUUGCCUGGGCAACUAUUUUUUGUAACUCCUGUUGUAGAUUGUCUCUAAACAAUUGUGUGAUCUUUAUUUUGAAACAAAACUGAACAAAAAAAACUUUCAA